UAUAGAGAGAUUUCUUGUGGAUUUUCUUUUUGAUCUUGGAGGGUUCUUUCUCUCUUCAAGAAUCAGUCUUUCUUGGGGAUGCCCUUUGAUUUCUCUUUCUUGGUUUCUGGUCUCAUUGCUUUUCAACUUAAGUCGGUUCAAGAUUUUCUGGGUUGCUUCUUGGUGUUAAUUUCUUGCUUGAGGAUUUGUAGUACUGGUUUAAUUUUUCUUUUUCUUGAUGCGCUCUGCUCAGCGUUUUCAUGAUUUUAUGAUCUUGUGAUUCUUGGAGUCUUCCGCUGAAGUCUUCUCUUUAAUUCAAACCCAAAGAAAUCUGGUCUGUGUGUUUAUGCUGGUGGUUGGGGUUCUGAAUUCUUACUGUUCACUUCAGACUGACCAAAUAUUUGAUUUUGGGGUCUGGGUUUUCUUCCAUUCUUCUCAAUCUUUCUUUUACCGUAGAAAAAUGUUAGCCCAUGACUUUGAUUUUGAGUUCAGUUUAUGCCGUAUCCACGCAAAAUAAGUUAUAUUUUCUUGGUCCAUAAUCGGGGAAUCUUUCUAAUCUAUCGCCUCUCGUCAUGAUUCCAACUUGAUUUUGCUUUCUUGGAUUUAGUUUUUGAAAGUGCGGCUGAUUAAUGGAUGGAUGAAGAAAAGUUGCAAUCUUUAGGUGGGGUUGUUUGAUUUUGAGCGUAAGAGUUUGAGUGGUGGUGGGGUUUGGGGACCUUUGUUGAGAAGGAGGCCCUUAGGCUACUGUUAUGCUGAAGGCUAAGUAUAGUAAGAUAAAGUCUUGUUUUGGAGGAGAUAAUAUAAGUUCUUGUGACUGUUGGUUAGACAGCACAAGAAGGAAGAAAAGGCUAUCAGCAGAUGUUAACCACUGAAAAUCCUCCACCAGAUCCCCCAUGUCCCUCUGAAACAACACAACUGAAAAGUAGCGGCAGUAAUGUUAGUGGUGAUGAAAAGGGUUCUGAUAAUAAUCAGCACCAGCUUGAGGUAGAUCUGUUCAAGUCAGGCCUUGAUGACAACAACCCACUUCCCAAGUUCUCCAUAAGAGAUUAUGUUUUUAACACACGGGGCAAAGAUAUCAAGACUCAUUGGCCAUUUUCUCCAAAAAAUUUGCAACUUUGUCUAAAGAAUGGCGUGAAGGAUGUGUUGCCACCUUUUCAGACGCUUGAUUCCGUGAGAAACCGAUUGAAUGUGAAAUGUGCUGCUGAAAAUAUAACCAAUUCUGAUGUGAAGCUUUCUGGGUUUAGCUAUCAUCCUUUGUCUGUUCCGUCUAACAAUGUUGGGAAAAAGCUAGCUUUGGAUAUUGAGAACAUCAAAUCAAGUGGAUCUGAAGAAGAUAAAGAAUAUCCGUCAACCACGACAAUUCAGUCUUGUCCGGACAUAAUUUCAGUGCCCGUGAUCAAAAGCCCUUACUUGGAACCAGAAGCUGAAAAUUUGCCAGUAUCCUCAGCGGGAGGGCCUGAAUUCGCUGUUGCAGUGUCCAAUAAGGUUGAAAACUAUAGUCAGAAGCCGGUCAAGAAGUGCAGAGUGAUUGUGAAGUUGAGCAACAUUGCUGAACCAAAGUUGACUGAAGAGUCUUCUGCAAACGCUUCUGUGGUGUCAGAAACAAUGGCUUCAAAAGUGUGCCCGGUGUGCAAGACAUUUUCAUCUUCUUCUAACACUACUUUGAAUGCUCAUAUUGAUCAAUGUCUUUCUGGGGAAUCAACUGUCAAAUGGGCGGCCAAUUCAAAAGUGAUUAAGCAUAGAAUAAAGCCUAGGAAAACAAGACUAAUGGUGGAUGUCUAUGCAACAGCCCUGCAUUGUACAUUGGAGGAUCUUGAUAGAAGAAAUGGAACAAACUGGGCUUUGAACAUGGGUUUUGCAGCGCAGGAUUUGGAAGAGUGCACUGAAGAGAAAACUAUCACCUAUUCUUCUGUCAAUGGUCAUGAGGACAACUGCAACGAAGGUGCUGUGUACUUCGAUUCCAGUGGCACAAAGCUUCGUAUCUUAUCAAAGUUCAGUGAUCUGCAAACAAACUCAAGUGCUAAAGAUGAUUGUGAGCUUACGAAACUUGUCAAAAGAGAUGAAGGAAGCAAAAUUCUUUCAAGUAAGAAGAAAAAGUAUCUUGUCCAGAGGCAUAAGCUUCUUGAAUGCCCUCCUUAUGACCAAGGAAGUUGUUCUUCCAGGACCCAUCAUUGUCCUAAGGAUAACAAUGGUCAUGAAAAGAAGUUUCCCCAUGAAGAUGACGAGAAAGAAGAUCUGAGACAGCCUAUGGAAGCCUGUGAUCAGAUGAGAUCUGAUGAUUUUGGAAUGAUCAAACAGUGGGUAAGCUCCAAGAGAACUGGUCUGAAGAAGAAUGUCAAUCUAGAUACUGGAAGCCGGCAUUUGGACAAAAUUAUAAGGAACUUGAGAGUGAAAAAUAGUAACCUGCCAUCUCCAGGUGUUAAGUUCAGUAAGAGAACAAGUGACUUAAGUUUCCCGAAUUUAUCUGAUGGUAAUCCACUUUUCUUAACUGAAAGCCGAAAAAGAAAGGAGAACUCAUCUUUCAAUUCUCAUGAUGCAUAUGAGGAACAGCUUUUAAGAAAGAGAGCGAGGUUUUCCUUGUUGGAGUUUCGAAACUGUCAUGGUAUGAAAAAUCAUUUGAUGCUCUCUGAAUGCAACAUGAAGCAGUUGAAAAAAGAUGAGCCCUCAAUUCAUAAGAGCCGUACAGAUCCUCCAAAUGGUAUGGAAAGUCAUGCAUCUUCUCGGAGUUUCAAGAAAAUGAGGAGUGUGAGUCCAACCAUGAACACUAAUAGUUCUUUCAUCAGCUCAAGAAUGUCCCAGCACCACACAUUUUCAUCAGAAGGCAAAGAAUUUGGUGCUCCGAAGGAGACAUCCUUGGAUGAUAUCAUAUCAUCUAGAGGUAAGAAGUUAUCAUCCUCGAGGAAGAAUCUGUUGUCUGUCAGGCAUGCAUCUAUUUCAGAAUCAAAGAAGAAUUUAGGGAGAAAGAAUCUGAACUUCAAGAAGCGUAGGCUGCAUUACGAGUCAGGAUCAGAUGAAGAGGCAGUAGUGUCUCGAUCUGCUGUUUGUAUGCAAUACAACCCAGCAGAAAUACUGGACAAAAAUGCUGUCCAAAUGGGAAAGGCUUCUGGUAAGUCAUUGACUAGGAUUUUGAAAAUUCGAAAAAAAAGAGGGGAACUUGUAAACACUGGUAAGGCGGGAGAAACCACUCCCAAGAGCUCAGAUUCACCACCACAAUCCGAUACUCAUGGAGUUGAGACGAAUAUUGAUUCUUCUGCUGGUGGCAAUGUUCCUGCUGGUGCAUCCAAUGGUCUGGAUGUUGUAAAGGAUGUUGAAAUUCAGGAUGAAUUUGUCUGUGAGCCAACUUCUAAAGUAUGUGAUGGAGAAACUUUUAUAGCCUUAGGUGAAUCUUUUGAUUCUGAAUACCCUGCGAUUACUGGUCCUUCUGAUGUUGAAUUGAUUUCGGGGCAUUAUAUAAAGCCUUAUGGACAUUCUCCAGCUGACUUGGGGUUGGGUGGCGAAGGAGAGAUGUUUUGUGCCAACAAAGUUGACAAAGAUUUGAUUACUGCGAAUGAUACUCUUGGGACGGCAGAAAUUAAUGCUAACAAAGGACAAGGAAAUUACUUUAUCGAUGUUGAUCCAAUAUCCAUACCUGGGCCACCAGGCUCCUUUUUGCCGAGUCCUGGGCGUAUGGGUUCGGAAGAGAUUCAGGGAAAUUCAUCAUUAACCACUUGUAGGAUACUUUCUUCUGAAGAUGAGUAUGAAUUGGUAGAUCGGGAUUCAUCAGAUUCUCCAAUUUCUGCUACAUCAUUUGCAUCUAACUCGAUUGCUGCUAGAUCUGAUUCAGUAUCCUUGGCAAACUUGUCCGUGCAGUCACAUGGUGUACAACAUGAGUCUCAACGUGACAUCUCCGAAGACAGGAUGGAUCCUGUCCCUGAAAGUUCCUUUCCCUUUGAGCUGGCUGCUGCUGCUGCAGAUGGAAAUCUGAAGCUUCACGAGUCAAGAGCCAACUCGAUAUUACCUGAAAUGAGUCCCCGCAGAUUCGGAAACAGCCAGCCAUGCUGUUGUUCUAGGAAGGAGGGAGUUCCACAGACUGGUUCAUUGAACUAUCAAGAAUCACAGCUUCUCAGGCGACGGGCUAUAACUUCUCUCCCGCCACUUCCUUCACAAGAAAAGCAAAUGGGUCCUGAUCCUAAUGGUGAAUUUUACACAUCCAACUUGAGAUCAGAAACAUUCCCCAAGAAUGAUCAAAAUCCACCUGAAAAGAUUGUAACAGAUUCACCAAAGGGCUAUACUACUUUGCCAGUUUCUCAAGGUACUGAGGUUAAGUUUCCAGCUUGUGGGAAUUCUGAGUUUCCAAGUCCAUCUACCCCGAAUCCUGUUCUCCGACUGAUGGGGAAAAACUUAAUGGUGGUGAGCAAUGAUGAAAAUCCUUCCCCUCAAAUGAGGAGUACCCAAUCAUGUAUGGUGAACGGCUAUCCAAGUCAACAAUCAUGUGUUGAUAAUGUUGUUUCCAGCAGCAAUAUUCAGAAUGAGCACCAUUCCUUUAAUCAUUCUCUAUCUCGAGCUCCUUCAACACUUGACAACAAGCAAACCAGCACGACGGCGCAACACUUUGAUUUCAGUUCAUCUGAUGGUUCCAGAAUUCCUGCUAAUUUUAGGGCACCAGAAUCACGCCCACAUCCAUCAAGAGUCAUGCUUCCGAGCAAGUGUUUUGGUGGAAGUUUCACCUCAUCGUUUGAGUGUCAUGAAUAUGCAGGUGGGUGCAAUUUUCCACCCGAACAACUUGGAUCCCACAUGAAACUGGACUCUCCCAUUAGAUAUGAAGUUAAGCAACCUAGAACUCCGGUUCCCCGACCUAGAGCGGCAGAUGCUUCUGUUGGUAAACAAAAGGAAAUAAUCGUGAUUGAUGACUUACCGGAAAAUGAAGUUACUUUAACUAUGAAAUCAACACAAGGCGAGGUGAACAUUGAAGCUGGGAGACCUACAGUUGGGAUUUCAGCAUCAAGGGCAUCAGGUAACGACUCCGUGCAUGUGAAUCCUUUCUAUAGUUACCAGACACGGUGUUAUCCUCUGUAUAGUGGAUCUCAAAUGGUUCAGAAUACACAUAUCCAAGUGCAACCUUUGAAGGCAACAAACAAAAAUUUGAUUGAUUGGAACUGUUCUCCAGAAGGUUCAAAUUUACGGUAUCCAAAUCUUUUACCUGCUUCUUUGCCCCCCACAGGCCACCAAAGAUCUUUGUAUUUUGCUCCCGGCUUCUUGUGAGGACCAUCUUCACUUGUUCCUAGCAAACUGACUACCUAAACAAUGGCUAGAAUUCCAUCCAAAUGACAUAAAAUAUACAGUCUGAUGAAGGAGAAGCAGCAGCAAAUGUCAGCAGAUGAGUUUCGUAUUUGGUUUUUCCUUUGUUAAUGAUGCUACUUACCCUCCCUAGAAAUAUCUUACAAGUCUGUGUAGGUCUAAGCAGUUUUGCGGCUUCUCCUAGGUAACGCGACAAGCUUCCUGGAGGCUGGUGUAAGAAAUCUUUGAAUAAUAAGUUACUGAGAAAACUAUCUUUCUUGUUGCUCUCUCAGUUGUCUGCUCUUCUUUCACUGAAUCUUUGUCUUAAUAUAUCUUCUUUUACUACGCAUUUGCUUGGCGAAACA